AGUCCUCAUAAUACUCUGUUCCUCUGCCUCGCACCAGCACCAAUAUUUCACAAAGUUUCUGCUUCUCCAAAGUAAUGGAGCUUCAUAACCUAAAGUUAAGCGUAUUAUGCUCCACGUACUUUCUCGUGAUUCUUCCAUUUUCUUUAAGUCUACUAUGCUUACAAUCAGCCACGGCCAGUACCGUUGUCUUCCCAACAAAUGAGACCGAUCGUUUGGCUUUGCUGAAAUUCAAAGAAUCGAUCACCAAUGAUCCACGUAACAUCUUGAGCUCCUGGAAUGCUUCUUCUGCACCCCACUUCUGCAAAUGGCCGGGAGUUUCAUGCGGCCGCAAGCAUCAAAGAGUGACCGCCUUGCAACUCCAAGGCUAUUCUUUGCACGGAUCCAUAUCACCUUAUGCUGGCAAUCUCAGCUUUCUUUCGUCUGUCAACCUCCGAGAAAACUUCUUAGGCGGAGAAAUUCCGGCAGAAGUUACUCGUUUGUUCCGCCUGAAAGAUCUCUACCUCAGCAACAACUCAUUCACGGGGGAAAUUCCACGCAGCUUGACCAACUGUCCUGAACUCAGAGUCAUUGAUCUGGAAAGGAACAAAUUUACGGGGAGAAUUCCUGACGAACUGGGCUCUUUGAAGAGGCUCGAGAUGCUAGUGUUAAGCUCAAAUAACUUGACAGGAGGCAUCCCGCCUUCUUUGGGAAACGUUUCUUCAAUCCGAGGACUCUACUUAGGGGAUAAUAAUUUCUGGGGAAAUAUUCCAGAGGAUAUAGGGCGUUUGCAGAGGUUAUAUUUCUUCAGAGUUUCAAGCAAUAAUCUGUCUGGUACAAUCCCUUCUGCCCUUUACAAUAUAUCAACUAUGAGCAUCCUCUCAACUGCCGAUAACCGAUUUGAUGGAACUCUUCCCGCCAACAUAGGCCUCACUCUCCCUAAUCUGCAGUUUUUGGCAAUGAAUAGGAAUAAGUUCUCUGGCCCAAUCCCCGUUUCUCUAUCCAAUUCUUCUCAGCUUGUGACACUUCUUCUCUACCGAAACAAUUUUGUAGGACAAGUUCCAAAUCUGGGAAACCUACUUCAUCUCCGGUGGCUAGCUUUUCAUGCGAAUAAUCUAGGAAAUAAUUCAUCUAAGGACUUGGAUUUCCUAGAUUCUUUGGGAAACUGCACCAAACUGGAAAUGCUUUAUUUUUCCAAGAACCAUUUUGGAGGUAGUUUACCCAACUCUAUAGGAAAUUUGUCCAUGCUGCUCACAGAACUAGAUCUUGCAGGUAAUCAAAUAUCAGGAAUUCUUCCUGCAGCAUUAGAGAACCUCACCAACUUAACUUCCUUAAACAUGGCACAAAACCUAUUGACAGGCAGCAUCCCUACUUAUUUUGGGAAGUUUCAAAAUCUGGAAGGAUUGAGUUUGGAUGGAAAUAGAUUCUUGGGGCUGAUACCUUCCUCUAUAGGCAACCUCACCCGAUUGGUCACACUUAACUUAUCACAAAACAAAUUGGAAGGAAGCAUUCCAUCAAGUUUUGGCAACUUCAAAGGUUUGCAAAGGUUGGAUAUUUCAGAAAAUUCCCUUAGUGGAGCCAUACCCAUAAACAUUCUUUCUUCCCAAUUACUGGUACUCAACUUAUCACACAACUCACUAACCGGCACCCUACCUGUGGAAGUAGGAAAUUCAAGAAAUAUUUAUCGAUUGGAUGUCUCUAAAAACAACUUUUCUGGUGAGAUUCCGAGAACUCUUGCAAAUUGCUUGAGCUUGGAGUACCUUUACCUACAGGGUAAUUCAUUUCUAGGAAACUUACCUCCGUCUUUGGCUUCUUUGAAAGGCCUUCAGUAUUUAGAUCUUUCACAAAACAAUUUUUCAGGAAUGAUUCCUAAAGAUCUACAGGAACUAUCUGUUUUAUUAUAUUUGAAUCUUUCCUCCAAUAAUUUGGCGGGUGAGGUACCGACGGGAGGAAUAUUCCGCGAUGCAAGCAGACUAUCAGUGACAGGAAAUAAAGAGCUUUGUGGGGGUGUACCGGACCUGCAACUACAACCAUGCGAUAUCAAAGUUAAGAAGAAACGAGGAAAAUCCCAUGCUUUCAAGAUAGCAAUCAUAGUUAGUAGUGGGAUUUUAUCUUUGAUAAUAAUAUCGUGCUGUCUUGUUCUUUAUAGGAGGAGAAAUUCGGAAAAGAAAUUGACUUCAAUACAUUCAAAAUCUGACCUUCUUUCCAGGGUUUCGUACAAGGAGCUUUAUCAGGUGACAGGCGGAUUCUCUCCCAACAAUUUAAUUGGAAGUGGUGGUUUUGGCUGUGUGUAUAGAGGAAUUCUUCGUCACGAAGAGAGGAUGGUUGCUGUCAAGAUCUUGAAGCUUGAACAAAAAGGAGCUUCCAAGAGUUUCAUGGCUGAAUGCAAUGUUUUAAGAAAUAUACGACAUCGGAAUCUUGUCAAAAUCUUAACAUGUUGCUCUAGCGUGGACUACAGUGGUAAUGAAUUCAAAGCAAUUAUUUACGAAUACAUGCCAAAUGGAAGCUUAGAGAAGUGGCUGCAUCCAGAUAUAGACAAUGGAAAUCAGUCAAGAAAUCUCAACCUUCUUCAAAGACUGAAUACUGCUAUUGAUGUCGCAUCCGCACUGCAUUAUCUUCACGACCACUGUGAAACACCCAUCGUUCAUUGUGAUCUAAAGCCAAGCAAUGUUCUUCUUGAUGAUGACAUGAUUGCUCAUGUAAGUGAUUUUGGUUUGGCAAGGCUCCUCUCUCCAACCAAUCAUCUUUCUCACAAUCAAACCAGCACAACCGGGAUAAAGGGUUCUGUCGGCUACGCCGCUCCAGAGUACGGAAUGGGUGGUGAGGCAUCAACACAGGGAGAUGUAUAUAGCUAUGGGAUAUUUGUGCUGGAGAUGUUCACAGGAAAGAAACCCACUGAUGAAAUGUUUGAAGACAGUUUCAACCUCCAUAAUUUUGUCAAGAUGGCAUUGCCAGAGAAACUUGUACAGAUUGUGAGCCCAAAGCUUCUCACAACAAGAGAAGUUGAUGAAAUAGCAGCAGCAACAAAAGAAGAUAACUACAAGUACAAUGAUCAUGACAAUGAUAUUGAGGAGGAAGAAAGCCAGAUGAACCCAAAUGUUCAGAAGUGCUUACUGGCAGUUCUGCAGAUCGGCCUUGCUUGUUCAUUAGAACCUCCAAAAGAGAGAAUGAAUAUGGAAGAUGUGACUAGGCAACUGCAUCGAAUAAAAAAUGCUUUUCUAGGUUUUGGGAUCUCUGGAUAAGAUCCCCAUGUAAACUAUGUCAAUGUUAUAUGCUAGUGCUAGCCUUAAUUCUGAAACCUUUCAGUUUCCAAAUAAUUAUUGAUGAUCAGAAA